AUGUCAGCGUAUUCAACAAGUAUAUUUAAAGAAUCACUUCGAAAACGACAUGAAAACAAUGAUUCAAAUAAGUUAUCACAUAAUACAGAGCAAGAAUUAUUAGAACAAGAUAAUAAAAAAAAAGAUUUUAUAAAAGAAAAGAAGUGUUUAGUACAAAAGAAAAUUUCAAAAUGUAUAGUUCUUGUUAUAGUUCCAAUUAUUUUAUUUGCAUUGGCCUUAUUUACAAGAUUGUAUCGUAUUUCGUAUUCCAAUCGUGUCGUUUGGGAUGAAGCACAUUUUGGAAAAUUUUCAUCUUAUUAUAUUAAAAGAGAAUUUUAUUUCGAUGUUCACCCUCCUCUUGGAAAAACACUAAUUGGAUUAUCGGGAUACUUGUCUGGCCACAAUGGAACAUUUAUAUUUGAAAGCGGCACAAAAUAUCCAAAACCUGUUAAUUAUCAAUUUAUGCGCGCAUUUUGUGCAGUAUUUGGUGCAUUAUGUAUACCUUUAGCAUAUUUUACGGCAAUUGAAUUAAAUUAUUCUUUUUAUGCAGCAUUUCUUGUAGGAUUAAUGGUCUUAUUCGAUAAUUCUCUUGCAACAAUUAGCAGGUUUAUUCUUUUAGAUAGCAUGCUGCUCUUCUUUUCUAUGACCACAGUUUAUAGUUUAUUUAAAUUUCAUUCUUAUCGCCUUAGACCAUUCUCAUACCGAUGGCACAAAUGGCUUUUUAUAACAGGUGUGUCCAUUGGAUGUGUUUGUAGCAUUAAAUGGGUUGGUAUUUUUAUAACAAUUUUAUGUGGUUUAUAUACAAUUGAUGAUCUUUGGGUCAAGUUUGGAGAUUAUAAAAUGCCAAAGAUGACAUAUCUAAGACAUUGGAUUACUCGUAUUAUAGCCUUAAUUAUUGUCCCAUUUUUAUUUUACGCUCUAACUUUUUGGACUCAUUUUGGAAUUUUAAAUAAAUCAGGCACUGGUGAUGCGCAAAUGAGCUCUUUAUUUCAAGCAAAUCUUGAAGGAACAGAUAUCAACAAAAGUCCUAUUUAUAUUGCAUAUGGUUCCAGAGUAACCAUAAAAAAUAUGGCUUAUGCAGGAGGGUUACUUCAUUCUCAUGUCCAAACAUUUCCAGAAGGAUCUACUCAGCAGCAGGUUACUUGUUAUCAUCAUAGAGAUGGAAAUAAUGAUUGGUAUGUUCAUCCUAUUCAUGGAAUGAAACCAGUAUCUGACGAGGAUCCCAUACAAUACUUACAAAAUAAUGAUGCUCUUCGUUUGAUUCAUAAGUCUACAGGAUGCAACCUUCAUAGUCACAAUAUCCCUGCUCCUGUCACCAAAAAGAAUAGUGAAGUUUCAUGUUAUGGCAAUCUUACUAUAGGUGAUACUAAUGACCACUGGGUGAUAGAAGUUAUCAAAGAUCCAGAUUGGCAAGACACUCGUAUCAAAACUAUAAAAACUGCAUUCCGGCUUCGACACACUUCUCUUAACUGCUAUCUAAGAGCAUCACGUACUCAUUUACCUCAAUGGGGAUUUAAACAGAUUGAAGUUACUUGUGAUAAAUCAAAUAAUCCCAAAGACUAUUUUACACACUGGAAUAUUGAACAUCACUGGAAUGACCGAUUGCCCGCAGGUAACGUUAAUUUCUAUAAACCUUCCUUUUGGCAUGAUUUUGUCCACGCCAAUAUAGGCAUGAUGAAUACAAACAAUGCACUUAUUCCUGAAAAAGGAAAAAAAGAUGAAUUAGCAUCAUAUGCAUGGCAAUGGCCUACAGCUAUAGUUGGUAUUCGAAUGUGCUCAUGGGAUGAUCAAGUUGUCAAAUUUUACAUGCUCGGGAAUCCAAUUGUUUACUGGAUAUCUACUGCAUCUAUUCUCAUCUUUUUUGUACUUGCAAUAUUUUAUACUACACUAAUUACUAGUAAUACUUACAGGGCUUUAGAUAGCUUUGAUCAUUUCCAUUAUUCUGGUGUUUAUCCUGUAUUGGGAUGGGCACUUUAUUAUCUUCCAUUUUUUAUCAUGAAAAGAGUUUUAUAUCUACAUCAUUACUUUCCUGCACUGCUUUUUGCAAUUUUAACAACUGGUUUCAUUUUCGAUCAUUUUACUCGAUCUGCAUCGACUAUUGUACGAAGUAUUAUUUUUACCGUUGCAUACAUAGCCAUUGUCGCAACAUUUAUCCAUUUCAAAGAUAUUACAUUUGGCAUGCUAGGACCAUCUACUCAAUGGGCUCAUUUACAAUGGCUUUCUUCUUGGAAAAUUAGCAACUAA